UAAGACAGAUCCUUUCAAAACGCCAAGCAGGAAUAGAAUUCUCGCAGACAAGACAUUUUUGUUUUGUAACAACGGAUACUAUUUGUAAAGAAUUUAAGUCACAAUGCAAUGCAUACAAAGGCAGCCCAAACGCACCAGAUCCGAGGAAUUACUUCAUAAUGAAAAAAGCAAGAAGGUUACGCGUUUAAAUGUGAAACUGUUGGGUAUGGAGGGGGACACAGACCUCCAGUUCCUGCUGGUGGGUGGAGACCUUCUGAAGGUGAGAUCUUCCUCCUGGAAGAAGACCCGCUUCUACAAGCUACAGGAGGACUGCCAGACCAUGUGGCACGAGUCCAAGAAGACCUUCAAGUCCAACCAGACCUUUUCCAUUAAGGACAUCUCAGCGGUGCGUGCUGGCCGUCAAUCGGAGGGUCUGAGGAAGAACACGGAGGCGCCGGUGGAGGGGAGAUGUUUCUCCAUAAUCUUCAAGGGCAGAAGAAAGAACCUGGACCUGAUGGCCAGCUCUGAGGAGGAGGCCAAGCAGUGGGUCACCAGCCUGGAGAAGAUCAUGUCCAACACGGAGAACCUUAACAGUCAGCAGAAGACUGAGCAUUGGAUCUUCAACUGCCUUAGGAAAGCAGACAAGAACAGUGACGACAAGCUGAGUCUGAAGGAGCUGAAGGACUUCCUGCACCAGAUCAACAUCGAGGUGGACGAUGAAUACGCAGAGAAGCUCUUCCAGGAGUGUGACCAGUCUAAGUGUGGCCACCUGGUUGGUGAUGAGAUAGAGCACUUCUACAGCCUUUUGACCCAUCGCCAGGAGAUAGACACCAUCUACGGAGAAUACGCUAAGACCACGGGCUUCAUGAGCGCUGAAAAUCUACUGGAGUUCCUGAUUAUAGAGCAGAGAGAGGAGGCAACGCUAGCCGAUGCACACAGACUCAUCAACAAGUACGAACUGGAUGAUAAAGCCAAAGAGAAGCAGCUGAUGACCCAAGAUGGUUUCCUGAUGUAUCUCCACAUGCCCGAGGGUCUGGUGCUGAAUCCUACCCAUAAGGCCGUGCACCAGGACAUGAGCCAGCCUCUGAACCACUACUUCAUCUCCUCGUCUCACAACACAUACCUGAUGGAAGACCAGCUCAAAGGCCCCAGCAGUACUGAGGCCUAUGCCAGGGCUCUUAUAAAGGGCUGUCGCUGUGUGGAGCUGGACUGCUGGGACGGGUCAGACGGAGAGCCAGUCAUCUACCACGGAUACACCCUCACUUCCAAGAUCCUGUUUAAAGACACCAUCAAAGCCAUCAAGGAGUACGCCUUUAAGACCUCGGACUACCCAGUGAUCCUGUCGUUGGAGAAUCACUGUAGUGUGGAGCAGCAGAGGGUCAUGGCCCAGCACAUGAGUUCCAUCCUGGGCAGCGCUCUGCUCACCUCCCCCCUGGGGGACCGGAUGCCCACAGACUUCCCCUCCCCAGAGGAGCUGAAGGGGAGGUUCUUGGUCAAAGGGAAGAGGUUAACUAAACUGGAGGCCUGCUUUGGCCCUGAGGAGACAGCCGUGGAUGAUGGUAGCUUAACUGAGGAGGAGGAUGACAAAGAGGAGGAGGAAGAGGAGAAGAAGAAGGCCAAGGAAGGUAAAAAGCUGAAGCUGGCUAAGGAGCUGUCAGACAUGGUGAUCUACUGUAAGAGCGUCAAUUUCAACGGAUUCCAGGACGCUAAAGAUAACCUGGGCUUCUACGAGAUGUCCUCCUUCAAGGAAAGGAAAGCUGUGGCGCUGGCUGAGGAGUCUGCCAACAGCUACAUCCAUCACAAUGUGGACAAGCUGAGUCGUAUCUAUCCAGCAGGCAGCAGAACAGACUCCUCCAACUAUAACCCUGUACCCUUGUGGAACGCAGGCUGUCAGAUCGUGUCCCUGAACUUCCAGACCUCCUGCAAUGACAUGGAUGUGAACCAGGGUCGGUUCCUGACCAACGGGAAGACAGGAUACGUCCUAAAGCCGGCCUACAUGAGGGACCGGGGGUCAGAGUUUGACCCCAUCACUCUGACCACGGGACCGUGGCUACAGCACAAGACGCUCCACAUCAUGAUCAUCUCAGCGCAGCAGCUUCCAAAAGUGAACCAGAAAAAGACAUCCAUCGUGGACGCUCUGGUGAAAGUGGAGAUACAUGGGGUGCCUGCUGACACCGCAGAAAAACAGACGCCGUACAUCGGGAACAAUGGUUUCAACCCGAUGUGGAAUGACAACUUUAAGUUCGAUGUGUACGUGCCAGAGCUGGCCCUGGUUCGCUUUGUGGUCGAGGACCACGACUCUGUUACUAAUAAUGACUUCGUCGGACAGUUCACCGUACCAUUCACCAGUUUACAGAUGGGAUACAGACACGUGCCGCUACUCAACAAGGAAGGAGACCCCCUUCCCUCAGCAGGACUGUUCGUACACAUCCUGAUCAUGGAUGACUAAAACAAUCCCUGUCCGAAUGUGCCAUAAUCACCACUGUGACUGUCGUCCAGUCCCAAACAGACCUUCAGCCCUAUACCACUACACCCUAGGGCACUAGAGUGGAUCUGAAAUGAUUGAAUAUGUGUAAGGGCUAGGGGUUGGUUUGGGAUUGGGCCCUAGGGAGGCGGGGCUAGGGGUUGGUUUGGGAUUUGGCCCUUGGGAGGCGGGGCUAGGGGUUGUUUUGGGAUUUGGCCCUAGGGAAGUGGGGCUAGGGGUUGGUUUGGGCCCUAGGGUUCGGGGCUAGGGGUUGGUUUGGGAUUGGGCCCGAGGGAGGCGGGGCUAGGGGUUGGUUUGGGAUUGGGCCCAAGGGAGGCGGGGCUAGGGGUUGGUUUAGGCCCAGAGGACAUCCUCCGUUAUUACAUCACUACUCCGGAAUCCAGCGGAAGAUUUGAGCUGUUUUUACUAUUUUUUUUUUUUUGAGCUGAAUUUCUAUUUUUUUCUAAAACAAUUAUAAUUAGCUUAUCGAAUAGACAAGAAGAUUAUUUAAAACAGUAGAACUCCAUUUGAGUAUUUUGUAUUAGUAUUAUGGGGAAUUGUGACAAAUGAAGAAGUUUAUCAAACCAUCACAUCACAGGGAUUAUACAAAUCAUUGUUUUUGUAUACUAGGUAUUAUUAUAGUGUUAAACACUUUUCAUUUUGGAUCAUUGUAUUUUUUUUUAUGUCCAGCAUUUCUUUUCCGUGUUGUAUAAUCAGUUUAUUUAAAUCAAGGUAUUCAAAUGAUAAUUUUAAGAGAAUUAAUUGAAUGAACAGUACUUGAAACCAACAAACAGACAAGAGAAAGUGUUUUUUUUUUUUUUACAAAGAAGCACUUAGAUGUUUCAGCUUUUAUUGUUUUUAUGAAUCAAUAUCCACAUUGUAUACGGUUCAUUCGGAAAGUAUUCAGACCCCUUGAAUUUUGCCACAUUUUGUUACGUUACAGCCUUUUUCUAAAAUGAAUGAAGGAAAUGUUUUCCCUCAUCAAGUUACACACAAUACCCCAUAAUGACAAAGCGAAAACAGGUUUUUAGACAUUUUUGCAAAUUAGAUUAAAAACCCCCGAAAAUAAAUACCUUAUUUACAUAACUAUUCAGACCCUUUGCUAUGAGACUCGACAUUGAGCUCAGGUGCAUCCUGCUUCCAUUGAUCAUCCUUGAGAUGAUUCUACAACUUGAUUGGAGUCCACAUGUGGUAAAUUCAAUUGAUUGGAUAUGAUUUGGAAAGGCACACACCUGUAUAUAUAAAGGUCCCAGAGUUGACAGUGCAUGUCAGAGCAAAAACCAAGCCAUGAGGUCGAUUGAAUUGUGCGUAGAGCUCAGAGACAGCAUUGUGUCGAGGCACAGAUCUGGGGAAGGGUAACAAAAAAAUGUCUGCAGCAUUGAAGGACCCCAAGAACACAGUGGCCAACAUCAUUCCUUUUUAAAUGUAACCUUUAUUUAACUAGGCAAGUCAGUUACGAACAAAUUCUUAUUUACAAUGACAGCCUAGGAACAGUGGGUUAACUGCCUUGUUUGGGGGGGGACGACAGAUUUUUACCUUGUCAGCUCAGGGAUUCGAUCUAGCAACCUUUCGGGUUAACCACUAGGCUACCUGCCACCCCAUAUUUACAAUGACCGCCUACCCCGGCCAGACCCGGACGACGCUGGGCCAAUUGUGCGCCACCCUAUGGGACUCCCAAUCACGGCCGGUUGUGAUACAGCCUGAAUUCAAACCAUGGACUGUAGUGACGCCUCUUGCACUUCGAUGCAGUGCCUUAGACCGCCGCGCCACUCGGGAGCCCAAUUCUUAAAUCGAAGAAGAUUGGAACCAUCAAGACUCUUCCUGGAGCUGGCCACCCGGCCAAACUGAGCAACCGGGGGAGAAGGGCCUUGGUCAGGGAGGUUACCAAGUACCCAAUGGUCACUAUGACAGAGCUCCAGAGUUCCUCUGUGGAUAUGGGAGAACCUUCCAGAAGGUCAACCAUCUCUGCAGCACUACACCAAUCAGGCUUUUUUUUGCCAAAAGGUACCUAAAGACUCCCAGAGCAUGAGAAACAAGAUUAUCUGGUCUGAUGAAACCAAUAUUGAACUCUUUGUCACAUCUGGCACCAUCCCUACCUGGCACCAUCCCUACAGUGAAGCCUGGUGGUGGCAGCAUGAUGCUGUAGGGAUGUUUUUCAGCGGCAGGGACUGGGAGACUAGGCAGGAUAGAGGGAAAGAUGAACAGAGCAAAGAACAGAGAGAUCCUUGAGUCCUGAAAAUAGCUGUGCAGCGAUGCUCCCCAUCCAACCUGAUAGAGCUUGAGAGGAUCUGCAGAGAAGAAUGGGACAAACUCCCCAAAUACAGGUGUGCCAAGCUUGUAGCGUCAUACCCAAGAAGAAUCAAGGCUGUAAUCACUGCCAAAGAUACUUCAACAAAGUACUGAGUAAAGGGUCUGAAUACUUAUGUAUAUGUGAUUUCAGUUUUUUAUUUGUUAUAAACUGGCAAAAAUGUCUAAAAACCUGUUUUUGUUUUGUCAUUAUGGGGUAUUGUGUGUAGAUUGAUGAGAACAAAAAAAAAUGGUAUCCCUUUUAGAAUAAGGCUGUAACAUAACAAAAAUGUGGAAAAAGUCAAGGGGUCUGAAUACUUUCCAGAUGCCCUGUAUGUGAUGUCAACCAAGUAUAAUAUAUACAUGUAUAUACAUUUGUUCUGGGAAAAUGCAAUCUCUGAUAAAUUAAGAAAAUAAAAUGAAUUUGUGUUAA